GGGGGGUAUAACUCCAUGGGGACCGUGACUGCCAGGGUGCCUGUGUUCCUCUCCAGCGAUGAUCUGCACAGAGCAUCGUCAAUUGACCGGCUGGUCUCGGGUCUCGUUUUAACAUCAUAAUUGGCGAGCUGAGCAGUCGACACACCAUGUCUUCGCAGCAGAACAAGAGCGUGGCCAGCUCGCGCUUUGAGCUGCUGCCUGCCCUCAACCUGAAUUUUGGCAGCAUCACCGACGGCACCGAUAUUCCUCCACCGCCGGAGUCUCCGAUCGAGCCGACGAUUACGCCAGCGAGAACGCCCAAAACCAGUGAUGAGAACAUCAGCGGCAAACAAGCGACUUCAGCAGCCGUAGCGGCCCAAGAUAAAGCUGCCACGACGAUUCCCGAAGACGCGCCGCCGAGUCCUGCCGUCUCGAGUCAACAGGGAAGCGCAUUUCAAGAUAACAACGGGCGCAAUCUUGUCAAUGUGUAUCGCCCACAAAGCCAGAGCGGCUCCAGCGUCGCAGACUCGGAGAAGAAGCGAGCGAGCGGCUGGUUCAAGCGUCUAAGAACGGGAGAAAACCAGUCGAGGAGGCGCUCGAGUCUCUUAAGCCUUGAGCAGCAGCCGCAUAUAUCGACAACUACGACGACACCGAAGCCGACUUCUGAUAAUAAACCGCCGCCCACGAUUCCCAAGCUAGUACACCUCGAGAGUGACAAAGGCGGUUUUGGAUCAAAUUUGUUCGAUGACAUCAAAUAAUAACCAGCAUAAUAAUCCUCGACACAGACUCUUGUUUUACAGAUGUGUUACUUUUUGUGUGUGUGUUUCAGAUCUAUACUGUAUACUUGGAAUUUAAAUCUCGCCGGCUUAAUCGACAACCACCUACCUAUUAAUAUAGCCAAUACAAAAUCUCGGAAUUUCUCAAAUACA